GUCUAUCAAUUCCAUUCAUUGUAUCCCCACUCAGUUAACCAAUCCUCUUCAAUUGCUCUUCAUUCUAUUUUAUCUCUCUCUCUCUCUCUCUCCUUGGACCUUUCUCAGUGUCUCUCAUCAUCUUCCCCAUGUUGCAACUUGGGUAAAAGAACCCCAAAGAUAAUUGGAGAAUUUUUCUUCCAAAGAUUGUCCACCCCCCAAAGUGUUGGAGAGAAACAAGUAAAGAAAGAAGAUAAGUGGCAAGGCUCAAAUAUCAAACUCUGCUUUUUCUUUUACCUCUUUUUGCUUAGAAAGGAACUAAAUAAAAGGAAGCAGAAAGAGAGAGAAAAAAGCUAAACAGCAUUUAUUUCUCGGUAAUUGGCAUGGUUAAGAGAUCUGGUACAUAUAUAGUAUAGGACAGGAUAGCAUAUAGUAUAGUGUGUAUAGUGGUAGGGGUAAUUUAGGAAAUUAUGUCAGGGGGUGGUGGUUGCAGCAUAGUAUGGUUCAGGAGAGAUCUGAGGGUAGAGGAUAACCCAGCACUAGCUGCAGGUGUUAGAGCUGGAGCAGUAGUUGCUGUGUUCAUAUAUGCACCUGAGGAAGAAGGACAAUACUACCCCGGAAGGGUAUCAAGGUGGUGGUUAAAGAACAGCUUGGCUCACCUUGAUUCUUCUCUUAGAAGCCUUGGUACCCCUCUCAUCACUAAAAGAUCCACUGAUAGUGUUUCUUCUCUUUUGGAUGUUGUUAAGUCCACUGGAGCUACUCAACUCUUCUUUAACCAUUUAUAUGAUCCAUUGUCACUUAUCAGGGAUCACAGAGCAAAGGAGGUUCUGACUGCACAAGGCAUAACCGUUCGUUCCUUCAAUUCCGAUUUGUUAUAUGAGCCGUGGGAUGUCAAUGAUGCCAAUGGCCAACCAUUCACAACUUUUUCUGCUUUUUGGGAAAGAUGCCUUAGCAUGCCUUAUGACCCACAAGCACCUCUUCUCCCACCUAAAAGGAUUAUUCCAGGAGAUGUAUCAAGGUGUCAGGGUGAUACACUGGUGUUUGAAGAUGAAUCCGAGAAAGCAAGCAAUGCACUUCUUGCACGAGCAUGGUCACCAGGGUGGAGCAAUGCUGAUAAGGCCUUAACAGCAUUUAUAAACGGUCCCCUGAUUGAGUAUGCAAAGAAUCGCAGGAAGGCCGAUAGUGCCACAACCUCAUUCCUCUCCCCACAUUUGCAUUUUGGCGAGGUGAGUGUCAAGAAAGUUUUCCAUCUCGUCCGAAUCAAGCAAGUCCUUUGGGCCAAUGAAGGAAACCAGGCUGGUGAAGAAAGUGUGAAUUUGUUUCUUAAGUCUAUUGGUCUUAGAGAAUAUUCAAGGUACAUCAGUUUCAACCACCCUUAUAGUCAUGAAAGGCCUCUUCUAGGCCACCUUAAGUUCUUUCCUUGGGUUAUAAACGAGAGCCAUUUCAAGGCAUGGCGACAAGGCAGGACAGGCUAUCCUUUGGUGGAUGCUGGCAUGCGAGAGCUAUGGGCCACUGGCUGGCUGCAUGAUCGAAUUCGUGUCGUGGUUUCCAGUUUCUUUGUGAAGGUUCUGCAGCUUCCUUGGAGAUGGGGAAUGAAAUAUUUUUGGGAUACGCUCUUGGAUGCAGAUCUUGAGAGCGAUGCUCUUGGUUGGCAGUACAUAUCUGGUACUCUUCCUGAUGGCCGUGAAUUCGACCGAAUAGAUAAUCCACAGUUUGAGGGAUACAAGUUUGAUCCAAAUGGAGAAUAUGUUCGGCGCUGGCUUCCUGAACUUUCUAGAUUGCCAACUGAAUGGAUACAUCAUCCAUGGAAUGCACCUGAAUCUGUACUCCAAGCUGCUGGAAUCGAACUUGGUUCUAACUACCCUCUUCCAAUUGUAGGAAUAGAUGCAGCAAAAGCAAGACUUCAAGAAGCACUUAUACAAAUGUGGCAACUAGAAGCAGCUUCAAGAGCAGCAAUCGAAAAUGGAGUUGAGGAAGGGCUUGGAGACUCCACCGAAUUGGCCCCCAUUGCUUUCCCUGAAGACAUACAGAUGGAGGAAAGCCAUGAACCUGUUAGGAACAAUCCCCCGGUUGGUCCUAGGCGUUACGAGGAUCAGAUGGUCCCCAGUAUGACUUCUUCCCUGGUGAGGGUGGAAGAGGAAGAGGCUUCCUCAGAUCUUCGAAACUUGGCAGAAGAAAGCAGAGCUGAAGUGCCAACUAAUGCAACUGCACAACAAAAUGCAAGAGAGACGGUGAACCAAGGAGUGUUGCAGAAUGUUAAUAGAAACACACAAGUACAGCAUAAUAAUACUACAGCGUGGCUGAGAAAUGCGGCUGAAGAUUCGACAGCAGAAUCUUCAAGUAGUACUAGGAGAGAAAGGGAUGGAGGAGUAGUUCCAGUAUGGUCUCCCCCGUCUUCUAGUUAUGCAGAGCCAUUUGUAGAUGAUGAGAGUGGAAUAGGAGCCAGUUCAUCAUACUUGCAGAAUCAUCCUCAGUCGCACAGAUUAAUGAAUUGGACACGUCUACCUCAAACUGGGUAAUCUGCAUCCAAAUCAAGCAGAUUAGAACCCCGCAGGUGACAAAUGCAUUCACAAAUCUUCUUUACCAGAAAAGUCGGGACGACGAACUCAAUCCAUGUUCAUUUCCACUGGAAACAAACUCUGCUGCUCAUUUCCUACAUCAUAAUCCAGACUCGACAUAUGUUUAGCGACUGACCUUCAAUUUGUAUGGAAAAUUUCGAUUCCUACACAGUGCAGCUUCGUCUGCGGUCCCUCUUGCUUUUCGUGUACAAUAUUUGUAGGCUCCUAUCCUACUUGUAUAGUAAUAUAUAUUUUGUGCAGUGAGGGAGAAAGAGUCGCUGUAAUAGGAUCUCUGGCUCUCAAAUAAACUCAAGUUUGCUCUUAUAUAAAAGUUAAGCCAGAUAUAUUAUACUUUUAUGAUCCCUCCUUUGGUUACAUAUUAUGGCCUGUAUAACACUUUUCAGCACUAUUGGAAAUUGCAGUUAUCUUGGUGCACAUAUUAA